GAGUUAAGACGUGCAUAAGUGGAAAUUAAAUAAAUAAAUUGCUCUAAACAGCCUCAAGUGUAAUACAAACUUGAAUUUAUUUAGAAAGAUUUCGGCUGUGCUGAACUCUAAAGAGUGAACACUCAUAUAUCUAAAAACCAAUUACUUGUGAACACAAAAAAGUGUACAAAAAUGAGUACUGAACAGGAAUCGAACUUGACCUCGACCACUGCUGCUCAAGAGGAAGAGGCAACUUUGGAGACUGCUUGUGUCCAGAUGAUGCUGCCAGUGCGCAAGGCGAUUAGAAAGUACUACAAGGUGAGCGGUGAAGAUACAUCGCCUGAGGCGCAGAAGACCGAAAAGCUGCUGAAGAUUGGUCAGCAUAUUGCCGAGUGCUCGCUUUCGUAUGCCGACUUGCCCGAGCGCAAGAAGCUAAAGAAGAAUCUGUGGAAAUACGUGGCCAAGAAGCUGGUCACCGAUGCGAAGCAAUUGAAGAAGAGCUACAAGCACGAGAUGCGCAAGCAGGCGCGCAAGCAGCGCCGCGAUGAAGAAAGAAAGGCGCAGAGUGCGAAGCUAGUGGCUGCGAAUUGUUCAAGGACCGUUGAGCCCAAGCAACCGACUGCUGGGGAAGCGCAAGCUGCGGCGCAUGCAGCGUACGUAGCCAUGGUCAACAACAGCAACUUGCACAAUAGGGUGCGCCCAUAUGUGGAUGAGCGUGGACGCGAACAUCCGAAUUAUCCUCCUGGUAUGCAACCAAGAUUUUACUCGCCUCUCCGCAUUCCGGACAUGCGAUUCUUCAAAAAUGGCAACAAUAGCCGAGAGAAUUUCGGUUUCUAAGCAACUCUAGAAUUUGAAACUGACUCGACACUGGCAACAAACUCAAAACAAACUAAAAGAAAACAAAAAAUUACAAGAAAAUAAUUAAAACACAACAAGCCCGCUCACAAGCACUUGAAUACGCAUAAAACUUGUACAA